AUGGCCAUGAGAGAAUUUCCUUUCCGGACCUUUAACUCCGGGAUUGCUUUCGGUUGUAGCGUUUUGUCGUUUGCAGACUUUUGCAUCACAACCAGGCAAUUAUUUUACGAGCUUGCGAAAACGCCGAUCAGUAUGGAUUCAUCCUCCGUGCCAUGGACCAACGAGAACGCUGCACUGUUGCCUUGGUAUGUGCAAGAGCUCCGAGAGGUGAACGAGCCUGCAAGGGAGCUGUUUGAAAAAUACGCCGGGUUGCCCGCCGAGGAAGUCAUACCACACAUUCAAAGCGUGCGAGACAGCGCGCUUGCAAUAAUGCCUUACCCAUGCAUUGGAGCUUUCGCUUUUCUAGAAUUGAGUUUGAUGCGUCUGGCGUGCUAUGGCGAGGUCAAGGACCGCGUCAAGGCAGGGGCCAAGUUUCUUGACCUGGGUUGCUGCUUUGGACAGGACCUGCGAAAGCUUGUGAUGGACGGCGCCUCGAGCGAAAACGUGUUUGGCUCUGACGCAAACGCAAGCUUCAUUGCGCUGGGCUACAAGCUCUUCCGAGACCACGGCGCCCUCCAGGAUAGGUUCAUCGUUGCGGAUUUGCUGAACCCCGGUGAGGCGCUGAAGAAGCUGCAGGGAGACAUUGACAUCAUCAACGCCCAGUUAUUCUUCCACUUGUUCGAUAUGGACGAGCAGGUCAGGAUCAUCCGAUCGGUUCUGGGCCUGCUCAGGCCGACCACCAACACUCUGCUGGUUGGAAGCCAAGUCGGCAGCGCAACCGCAAAACUGCAACGUGUUCCGUCCCUGGGCAACGUGUUUGUGCACUCGCCAGAGAGCUGGGCGAUGCUCUGGGAGAAGAUGGGGGCAGAGACUGGUACCAAGUGGCAGGUCCGGACGGACAGGGGCGAACCAAAAAGGUUGGACCUGAUACACGCAGUUCAUGGCGAGGAAGCGUACUUGAUGACGUUUGAGGUUCGUAGAAUUGAAUGA